CAAACAAACAUCGCAUUCCAACACAAAGCAGAUGUUGAUUGUGUCUCUGCCUGAAAAAACGAAAGAAGUAGAAGUCUGAAAACACGCUGAAGUUUCACAAAUAAAUAACUAAAUAACCACCGAUCAAGCAGAGUAAAAUUUGCUUAGCUUUUAAAUUUAAUUUAGUACACUGUUUUUUUAUUGGUAUCCACUAAAAAAUGGUGUUAAAGCAAAUCGAAGCAGCGAAUGCUCCCAUUGUUAAAUGGAUUGGAGCGCACGAUCCACUUGUUACUGUCGAUCAUUUGCAACACAAAAACGUUUAUUUUUACGCCAAGUGUAUUAUCGGACCGCUCACUUUAAGUGUGGGAGACUUUGUCCUAGUGUCUAAUGCUGAUUCCGCCUUUCCAGACACUGAAGAGGGCUGUGACAUCGCCAAAAUUCUCUAUCUGUACGAGCUGAGGGAAGUACUCCCGGAUAAGGAUCCGUGUCGGGCUGUAGUUCAAUGGUAUUCACGUCCGGAGUGUAUUCCACACAAGCACUUCGAUGAUGACACAAUUUGUAUUGAUUUUAAUGCCGAGGUUAUUGAGGAACACAGACCGUAUGACGCAGACAUUUCUUUAGAAACGAUUCAUCGUAAAUGCAGUGUUAUUUGUGGUUCAUCGGAAAAUUCCGCUGCUGGCCUUUUGCAAGGAUUUAACGCUAAACGCACAAAUUGUCCAAUGUUUGUGUGCCGUUAUAAAUUUAUUAAAGUUAAGAAUUCGUACCGCCUUGAGCCUCUGCAGUUCUCCAAUGAAGAUGUAGCAGCGGCUGGAGAACGUGGUCGAAGAAGAUCGACGGCAGCUAUACCAACAGAAUCUAAGGCUUCAUCAGCCAAAAAACCUAGGCGUUCCUGUGCCACAAGUGACGAAGGCCGAAAAAGACGCUCCUCUGUUAGUGCCAACAACCCUCUGGAGUUCGUAGACCUUGCUUAUUUCAAUGAAGAAAACAAAGUAUCUCCAAUUAAAAUUAUUGGUGGGCGAAGUGUUGUCCGCCUUUCGGCCAAAAAGAAACAGUCAACAGGUGAAAAGUACAAAGGGGAAGAUGAAAUAAAUGCCAACUACUUGCCAGCUUCCCCAUUGGCAGAACAGAAUAUUAAAGUCACACCCAGAUCCAGAGCAGCUGCCGCAAAGAGAAACCUUAAUCUUAGUUUGGAUAAUGGAGCUGAUACUACAGCAGACUCUGACUGUCUAAACUACUCAAUUGUAAAAGGGACACCAGAUCGAACGGACCCUCCAAAUGAGAUGAAGAUAAAGCUAAGGUUGUCAGAGAGGAGACGAUCCACACGAUUAUCCUCGAUGGAAGAAGAUCCCUUGGCCAUACGUCCCGAAUUAGAAUCCGAAUUGAGAGAGGUUAAACAUAAAGACUCCCAGCCGCAGACCCCUUCUAGAAAAUCCAAGCUUGCUUCCGAAAGUACACCAUCAGCUAGGAAGAAAAGUGAAGCCCAAAAAAAGGUUCAAAAUGCGGAUGAUAUUUACCACACUCCGACAAAAAAGGCCAAAGAAACGACAGCAGAGGGUACUCCAUCGCAAAACCGCCGAAAGAGUAUACUUAAAUCGGCCACUACUAGAUUAGCUGAAGGUACACCCAGAAGGAGCAUACAGCUGUCCAGCAUUGUUGAGCAGAGGGUUUUCAACGAUGAUGAUAUAAUAAACACACCAAAACGUUCCAAGGCCAGGAAAAGCAUAGCACUACCUGUGGUCGAUAAUGUCAAAACUACGGAGGAUGAUGAGGAAUACACACCCAAGAAGACCACACAGAAAACACCUUCGAAAGGACGAAGAAGCACAACCAAGGCCACUGAAGCUCCAGCAACACCUAAAACGCCCUCACAGAAACUUAAAAUGAUACGAUCGGGAGAAAUCAAACCUACCUUGGAAAAGCGCGACUCUUUAGCUGGCUCUGAAAAAGGGAAAACUGAUUUGCAAAUAGCUCGUGAGCGAUUGCACGUCUCUGUAGUGCCCAAAAGUUUACCCUGUCGCGAGAAGGAAUUUGAUAACAUUUACACUUUCCUGGAAGGCAAAAUUCAAGAUCAAUGCGGGGGUUGUAUGUAUGUGUCUGGAGUGCCGGGUACUGGAAAAACCGCCACCGUCACGGGUGUUAUACGAAUGCUACAGCAGAGAGUGGCUGAAGAUGAUUUGCCGCCAUUUGAUUUUUUGGAAAUAAAUGGAAUGCGUUUAACAGAACCCCGCCAAGCGUACGUGCAUAUAUAUCGGCAGCUAACUGGGAAAACAGUUUCGUGGGAACAUGCCCAUGCUUUGUUAGAGAAAAGAUUCACCACACCCGCUCCGAGACGUGUUACAACCGUUUUACUAGUAGAUGAAUUGGAUAUAUUGUGUAACCGGCGACAGGACGUAGUAUAUAAUCUGCUAGAUUGGCCAACCAAGUCUGCAGCCCGUCUAGUUGUGGUAACUAUAGCCAAUACUAUGGAUCUGCCAGAACGUUUGCUAAUGGGAAAGGUGACAUCACGUUUGGGUUUGACACGUUUGACCUUCCAACCCUAUACUCACAAACAGCUGCAGGAGAUCGUAACAGGUCGUUUACAGGGUUCCGAAGCGUUUAAGGGCGAUGCUGUACAGUUGGUUGCGAGAAAAGUUGCUGCGGUAUCCGGCGACGCACGUAGAGCUUUAGAUAUUUGUCGUAGGGCUACAGAAAUUGCAGACGCCGCCGCGUCUAAAGCGGCGGAGAAGGGCUCCAAGGAUACUCAACAAUGUGUUAAUAUGUUACAUGUGCAGCAAGCCCUCAACGAAAUGAUUUCAAGUGCCAAAGUCCAGGCAAUCAAGAACUGUUCACGGUUGGAACAGAUUUUCUUGCAAGCUGUGGUCGCAGAAGUAACUCGUACAGGGGUCGAAGAAACCUCAUUCAUGGGUGUUUAUACACAAAUUGAAACCAUUGCCGCUUUCAUGGGGGCCGCUACACCAACACCUGGUCGGGCUUUACGUAUCUGCGCCAAACUGGGUUCGGAGCGUUUGCUUAUUUGUGAACAUUCUCGGAAUGAUGUUUUCCAAAAAAUUCUACUCAACGUCAGUAUGGAUGACAUACACUACGCCUUAAAGGUUAACAAUACAAACUGAUCAGAAUCCCAUUUUAUUUCCCUGGUUUAUGGCUCAACAGCUGUUUAUUUGAAUUUUAUUUUUAAACCAGAUAUCCGCAUUAUUGCCAGUAU